AUGUCUCAACUCAUUCCCAGCCUGUUCAGUGGUCGAACAACCAAUGUCUUCGAUCCAUUUUCUCUAGACAUAUGGGACCCUUUGGACGGGUUCUUCUUCAACUCUACAAUGCCUACCAAUGUACCGCGUGAAACUUCAGCCUUUGUUAAUGCAAGGGUUGACUGGAAAGAAACGCCCCAAGCCCACGUCUUCAAAGCUGACCUUCCGGGGGUGAAGAAAAAGGAAGUGAAAGUGGAGGUGGAAGACGGGAGGAUUCUUCAGAUAAGUGGAGAAAGAAGCAAAGAGAAAGAAGAGAAGAAUGAGAAAUGGCGUCGCAUUGAGCUUGGCAGUGGCAAGUUCCUGAGGAGGUUCAGGUUGCCUGAGAAUGCAAAGAUGGAUGAGGUUAAGGCUACCAUGGAAAAUGGGGUCUUAACUGUGACUGUCCCCAAGGGAGAAGAGAAGAAACCUGAGGUCAAGACCAUUCACAUUUCUGGCUAA